AUGUCUCUGUUGGUGAAGUUUGAAUCUAAAUCACCACGAGUGAAGGGGAUCACUUUCCACCCGACACGGCCAUGGAUCCUGGCUUCACUGCACAGCGGAAUUAUUCAAUUGUGGGAUUACCGCAUGCAUGUCUUGCUCGAUAAAUUCGAUGAGCAUGACGGCCCUGUUCGUGGGAUCUCAUUCCAUGCUGACCAGCCGAUUUUCGUCUCCGGUGGUGAUGAUUACAAAAUCAAGGUCUGGAAUUACAAGCAGAAGCGUUGUAUUUUCACUCUCCUUGGACAUCUCGACUACAUCCGCACCACCUUCUUCCAUCAUAAAUAUCCGUGGAUCAUUUCUGCCUCAGAUGACCAAACGGUGCGGAUCUGGAACUGGCAAAGCCGUCAGAGCAUCGCAAUCCUAACCGGACACAACCACUACGUGAUGUGCGCCCAAUUCCAUCCGUCGGAAGACCUAGUGGCUUCCGCCUCUCUGGAUCAAACUGUCCGCAUCUGGGACAUUACUGGGUUGAGGAAGAAACAAAUGCCAGGAGGUGGUGCUGGAGGACCGAAGCCACCAGGCGCUGCUGGUCAGGCUGACUUGUUCGGCCAACCAGACGUCGUUGUAAAACACGUGCUGGAGGGACACGACCGUGGAGUUAACUGGGUCGCCUUCCACCACACUAUGCCCAUCCUCGUUUCCGGAUCGGAUGAUCGUCAAGUUAAAAUGUGGCGUUACAACGAGAGCAAAGCUUGGGAAGUUGAUGCUUGCCGUGGGCACUACAACAACGUUUCUUCCGUCUUAUUCCACCCGAAUGCUGAGCUCAUCCUGUCGAACUCUGAAGACAAAAGCAUUCGCGUUUGGGAUAUGCAGAAGAGGACCAGUCUCCAUGUUUUCCGACAUGAAAAUGAGCGUUUCUGGGUGAUGUCAGCACACCCCAACCUAAAUAUGUUCGCGGCUGGACAUGACAACGGAAUGAUCGUUUUCAAGAUUCAGAGGGAGCGCCCACCGUACUGCGUGUCGGACAACCUUGUCUUUUACGUCAAGGAUAAGACUAUGCGUCGCUUGGACCUCACUACUGGGAAAGACCAGGCCAUCACAAAGCUUCGUGCCGGCGCUGCCUUCAUGCAGCCCUACUUCGCUCUUGCCUUCAACCCGGCGGAGAACAGCUUCUUGCUGACCACUCGUUCGCACAACCGCGAGAUGUGCACCUACGAUCUGUACAAGGUGGUCAAAGAGGGCGGAGAGGGUAGCGAUGCCGCCGUGGCAAAUCGUUCUGCCGGAAUCGCGGCCGUUUGGGUGGCUCGCAAUCGAUUCGUUGUUCUCGACAAGAACCUGCAGAUCUCCCUACGCGAUCUGGCGAACAAAGAAGUCCGUAAGAUCGAGCCCGCCUACCUGUCUAAACUGACCGUCAACGAUCUCUUCUUCGCUGGUACUGGUCUCGUCCUUCUAGGAAACGAUGAGGGGCUGUAUCUUUUGGACAUUCAACAAAAGCGCAUUAUUGCGUCCGUGAAGGCUUCGAAGGUGAAAUAUGUGAUCUGGUCAGCCAACAACGAGAACGCGGCUUUGAUCUCGAAAACAACCGUUACCCUCGUCAACCGGAAGCUUGAGGUUCUGCACACCGUCACCGAAUCGGUACGUGUCAAGACCGGAUGCUGGGAUGGAGCCGAAGUGUUCCUCUAUACCACCAGCAACCAUAUCAAAUACGCUCUCACAGCUGGUGACAGCGGUAUCGUUCGCACGCUAGAUGUACCGCUCUACAUUCUGGCCAUCAAACAAACGAACCUCUUCUGCUUGAACCGUGAUGCCCAACCCGUCGAGGUCCCGAUUGAUCCUACUGAAUAUCGCUUCAAACUGGCCCUGAUCAAUCGCAGAAUUGAUGAGGUUCUGAACACCGUCAAGUCCGCAAACCUUGUCGGACAGUCUAUCAUUGGAUAUCUGGAAAAGAAGGGCUACCCGGAGAUUGCCCUGCAUUUCGUGAAGGACGAGAAGACCCGGUUUGGUCUGGCUCUCGAGUGUGGAAACCUUGAUGUAGCUUUGGAAGCGGCCAAGGCCAUGGAUGACCGCGCCGUCUGGGAAGCACUUGGUGAAGCCGCUCUAAUGCACGGAAAUCACCAGAUCGUUGAAAUGGCCUACCAACGAACUAAAGACUUUGAGCGCCUGGCUUUCCUUUACCUUGUCACUGGAAACACCGAGAAGCUCUCGAAAAUGCUGCGUAUCGCCGAGAUGCGAAAGGAUGCGCACGGCCAGUUCCAGACCGCUCUCUACCUGGGAGACGUGAAUGAGCGCACAAAGGUGCUCCGUGGCCUUGGGCAAACUUCACUGGCCUACCUAAAUGCGGCUACCCACGGAUUCGCUGACGAUGCUGGCUCACUGAAGCAAGAGCUUGAGGCCAAGGGCCAGGCUGUACCACCCGUCGAUCCGAAUGCGCGUCUUCUCGCUCCACCUCCCCCCGUUUACAAGAUCGAGGACAACUGGCCUCAGCUUGCUACUGCUCGUGGUCCAUUUGACGAUCAGCUGAUUGGACUAAAUGCUGGAGGUGGCGGUUCCAAGCCAACCAAGCAGCCAGCCGCCAGUGCAUUUGCUGUUAUGGGAGAUCUUGAUGGCGAAGAAAUGGAAGUGGAAGGCGGCUGGGGUGAGGAUGAUGAAGGCGGUGACCUCGAGUUCGAGGAUGGUGAGGAUGCAGAAGCUGGCGCUGGUGACGAUGAAGAAGGCGGCUGGGAUGUGGAAGAAGACCUAGCACUUCCUGACGUUGCCGAGUCGACAGCAAAUGACAGUGACUUCACUGUGCCUACCCGCGGCCCAUGUGUAUCCACUCUGUGGCUGACCCGGUCUCGUCUGACCGGCGACCACGUCGCAGCUGCAUCAUAUGAAACCGCCGAGAAUAUUCUCAAGGAUUCGAUCGGCUUGCUCGACGUGGUUCCACUUGAGGACAUCUUUGCGGAAGCGUACAGCCGAGCUCAUACCGUCUUCCUUGGAUACCCGGAAGCUACGAAUAGCCCGCUUCUUGGACCGGCUCUUCGAAACUGGAACGAAGGCAACCCGCGUAAUCGCCUGCCAGCAGCAGCUUUUACGCUUCGGCAAUUGGCUGAUCAGCUUCAGCAAAUGUACCUGCUUACGACUCAAGGAAAAUUCACCGAUGCCAUUGACGGCCUUCGUGAAAUCCUUUUCGCUGUCCCACUUCUUGUCGUCAACACCAAACAAGAGGUCGCUGAGGCCGAGCAGCUGAUCGAAAUCUGCCGCGAAUACCUGGCAUGCCUGCUGCUUGAGACUCAUCGCAAAGAUAUGCCAAAGUCUACCCCACCAACCCCUGAUCAGGUUAAAAGAAAUGCCGAAUUGUGCGCUUAUUUCACGCACUUCGAGCUGCAACCGAUUCAUCGCAUCCUUACGUUGCGUACCGCUGUGAACGCUCUGUUCAAGGUUAAGCAAAUGAAGACCUGUGCGUCGAUGUGCCGACGACUUCUGGAUCUUGGCCCGAAACCCGAGGUGGCAGCCCAGAUCCGAAAGGUGCUUGCUGCUGCUGAGAAGGACAACACCGACGCGUUCGAGCUCAAUUAUGAUGAGCACAAUCCAUUCGUCAUCUGCUCAAAGUCGUUCACACCACUGUACCGUGGAAAUCCAAAAACCAGCUGCCCUUACUGUGGUGCGCACUACGCUGAAGGCAAUCAAGGACAGACCUGCCAAGUCUGUCAACUUUCUGAAAUUGGCAAGGGCACGUCUGGUAUCCGCAUCCUGGAGGUCCAAGGGCAACGA